ACAAAAAUGAACCGCGUAUUCCCUACCACAGGUACUAGCCAGCCCCCUUGGGGCUGGGCAAGAGAGAUUAUCAUGAACAAAGAAGGAGGAGGAAUUGAGUGAGGAGAGGGGAAGAGACCGGUGAAAGUGUAUGAUUAUGGUGCAAGGGAGAGGAUAGAGCAGGUGUGAGGGAAAGAAGGUCGAGACAGAACAAUAAAUUUAAGCCAAACUUGCAAUAAAGUAUUGUUUGAGAGAGCAAGUGCUUCUCUCUCAAAAAGAGGCCAUAAUGUAUCAACCUCAUCAGUGGGAAAAACAAAUUACUCAAGUGGAAAAGGAGCCUGAAACGAUUCUAGGAGUAAUUACUUAGAUAGCUCAAUUCGUGGCUACACUCAAACAACUCAAUACCCUCCUUCAAGAGAGAAAAAGAAUGAUUAUAGAUCAUUUUUAGAAUCUGAGAAGAACAUGGCAAAUGAUUACCAUCAAAUCUCCGGUGGUAGCCAGUUUGAAGCUUCAUUCACCUCAGAUGAAAGUUUCUCAGGGAUUGACACCUCUUACUUACGAAUCCAAAACAUCUCUUUGCUGUCUCAUAAUGACUCGCUUGGACAAUCUCAGAAGGAUAUUUCAAAUCAAAAAGAGAGACUGAAAGCUAAUCCAGAUAUUUUGAAUCAGCCACAGUCUUGUCAGAACAAACAGACAUCAGCCUUUAUAGAAUUUAAAAAAGAGAAGAAGGAAAAAUGAAAGAGACCAGAUCAAAGAUCUCCCUCAGAAGUAGGCCCAGAUGAAGCAAACGAGGGUAUUGAACUCCUAGUCAAAAACCGUCAGAGAAUGAAUUCCAGUGUGCUCAGAUCCAAUAAUUACAAGAAGCUAUCAAUGUCUUCAUACCAAGAAGGCCAGUCUACAGUUUCUCCAGUGAAUUUUUUAUGUCAGCGUAUUCUUCCCAAGGAUAAGCGUCCUCAAAAUAAGAAUAAUUGAGGGGUUGAAUCCGUUCUACAACCUUCACAGAGACGGCUAGAGAAUUAUCAGAGCUUCUCUCAAAUCAAAAAUUCAAGGAACAAUCCUCGUCCUUCCUUGACAAGGUGAGCUUCCCAAAGAAAAUGAGAGAGUCAAGAGAUCAAAGUUCGUAAUGAAAGCGAGAGGGAGGCUGGCAAAAGAGUUCUAUCAGUGUGAAACUCAUACAAAGCAGGCUUAGAUCAGGUUCCUAAAGAUAUCCCGAGAGGGCCUAGUGCUAGAAUUCCAAGAAAUACUGGACAAAUUCAUGCAAAAUCCAGAAGUAAUUGCCCUCAUAACCGGAAUCGUAUUAACAGACCUUUGGUCUCAAGAUGAAAUUCUCAGGUUGAUAGUAUGAAUGGGACCAAUCGGUCUGUAGGUAGUCGUCAGGACUCAAUGUCCCGUAAAGCCGAUUUCUCAAAAUUAAAAUCAAAGGAAAUAGAUGAUGAUGUUGAAUCAGAGUCUUCCUUUACCUCUACAGAGAGCCAAGUGAGCCUUAACGUUCAUAGAUACGAUGAGCUAAUUAGUUUCAGACAAGACCGUCAGGAAAUUCCUGAAUGAGAUCAGCCACAUGUUGAAGAAUCAAUGAUUAAAGAUAGUAUAUUGAACACCGAAGAUUGUCAAAGUGAAUCCUCGUAUAAAUCUGUAAGUAGCUCUGAUAUUGAUCUUGAGGGUAUCCAUCAAAAAUAUGAUACCUUAAAAUUCAGAAAAAAUGGAUAUCUUUGGAAGAGGUUAAAUGACUUGAGAACUCGAUUUCCUUAA